AGUCAUUGCGCGCUUUUAAAUCUAUCUCUGGCUGAUGUCGUCCAGACACAGGAUUGAUAUUGGGGAGCCGAAGCCCCGGAAGUCAAGGUUCUCCGAUGCACCGGAAAAUCACACUCGUGAUCGCUCGCGUUCUCCAAUUAACCAAGGGAAGUCCAAGCAAAACUCUUCUAACAUAUCGCUUGCAGUGCAAACGAAUCCAUACAACGGCAGACCGUUCAGUCCCAGAUACUUCGAGCUUUUCCGAAAGCGUGUCAAAUUACCCGUUUGGGAAUACAAGGAAAAUUUCUUUCAAAUAUUAUCGGACAAUCAAGUCACUGUGUUGGUCGGGGAAACUGGUUCUGGUAAGACAACACAAAUCCCUCAGUGGUGCCUUGAAUGGGUAACUGGACGAUAUCCAACCAAAAAGGCAGUAGCCUGCACACAACCUCGUCGGGUAGCUGCUAUGUCUGUUGCUCAACGUGUUUCAGAGGAAAUGGAUGUUGAAUUAGGGCAAGAAGUGGGAUAUAGUAUUCGAUUUGAAGAUUGCACCUCUUCCCGGACUGUGAUGAAGUAUAUGACUGAUGGUAUGCUUUUGAGAGAAGGUAUGUCUGAUCCCCUACUUGAAGCCUAUGGGGUCAUUCUUUUGGACGAGGCUCACGAAAGAACCUUAGCAACUGAUAUUUUGAUGGGUUUAUUGAAGGAGAUCACAAAACAGAGAUUAGAUCUGAAGAUAGUCGUCAUGAGCGCAACUCUAGAUGCAGGAAAAUUCCAAGAUUACUUUCACAAAGCACCUCUUAUGACUGUGCCGGGUAGAACUCAUCCAGUGGAAAUUUUUUACACACCAGAACCAGAACGCGAUUACCUCGAAGCAGCUAUCCGUACUGUAAUCCAAAUUCAUAUGUGUGAAGAGAUCGAAGGUGAUAUACUGCUGUUCCUCACAGGACAAGAAGAAAUCGAAGAGGCGUGUAAACGUAUCCAAAGAGAAGUAGACGGUUUGGGCCCAGAUGUUGGUGAAUUACGUUGCAUUCCUCUCUAUUCAACCCUCCCACCAAAUCUUCAGCAAAGAAUAUUUGAACCUCCCCCACCGAAACGUGCUAAUGGUGCUAUUGGUCGAAAGGUUGUUGUAUCCACAAAUAUUGCUGAAACAUCUCUAACAAUUGAUGGUGUGGUUUUCGUCAUUGACCCAGGCUUUGCCAAACAGAAAGUUUACAAUCCUCGUAUUCGUGUUGAGUCACUCUUGGUUACUGCAAUCAGCAAAGCUUCCGCACAACAGCGUGCUGGUAGAGCUGGUCGUACAAGACCAGGGAAAUGUUUCCGACUGUAUACGGAGAAGGCAUAUACAAAUGAAAUGCAGGAAAACACUUACCCAGAAAUUCUACGGUCAAAUUUAGGCACUGUAGUCCUUCAACUCAAGAAGCUAGGCAUUGAUGACUUGGUACAUUUCGACUUUAUGGACCCUCCUGCUCCCGAAACUCUGAUGCGUGCUCUAGAACUAUUGAAUUACUUGGCUGCUCUUGAUGAUGAUGGUAACUUAACAGAUUUGGGAAGUAUGAUGGCUGAAUUUCCACUUGAUCCACAACUAGCAAAAAUGGUCAUCGCUUCCUGUGAUUACAAUUGCUCAAAUGAAAUCCUAAGCAUCACUUCAAUGUUGUCAGUACCUCAGUGUUUUGUGCGUCCUGCUGAUGCCAAGAAACCUGCAGAUGAAGCAAAGAUGCGCUUUGCUCACAUCGACGGGGAUCACUUGACUAUGUUAAAUGUAUAUCAUGCGUUCAAACAGAAUCACGAAGAUCCACAAUGGUGUUACGAUAAUUUUAUAAAUUUCCGAUCACUGAAGUCUGCAGACAAUGUACGAGUACAGUUGUCACGCAUUAUGGAUCGUUUUUCUCUCCGUCGUUCCAGUACUGACUUUACAUCCAGAGACUAUUAUAUUAACAUUCGGAAAGCUCUUGUGUCUGGCUUUUUUAUGCAGGUUGCACAUCUUGAACGUACUGGGCACUAUUUAACAGUGAAAGAUAAUCAAGUCGUUCAACUUCAUCCUUCAACCGUAAUGGAUCACAAACCUGAAUGGGUGUUAUAUAAUGAAUUUGUCCUUACAACAAAAAAUUACAUACGUACAGUGACCGAAGUCAAACCAGACUGGCUUGUUCGAAUCGCUCCUCAAUACUAUGAUAUGUCGAAUUUCCCAGAUUGUGAAGCUCGCCGAAUACUUGAACGAAUAGUUCAUCGGAUUCAAAAUCGAAAAAUUCAGCAAGAACAGAAACAAAACCAAGAAACAAAGUUACAAGCACAAGGUUGAUUUAUGUUCAUACAGCCAGAGAACUUUCAUUCCUCUCACAUUGUAUGGUCGACCAAUGUCACCAAAUGCCUUUGUAUUUUAAUUUCCCUCCCCUAUACUAACAUUUAAUCAGAAGUCAUCUCUCAUGUUUCAUAAGUUUUUGUGUAGAUGUUAUCAGGGUAACAAUAGAUAACUUCUGGUUGAUUGAUUUUCGA